AUGGGUGACAAAAACGAUGAUAUCGAUCUUCGCCUUGAAUUCUUAAGUGAAUAUUUAUUGAAAACAUUAAAGCAGAAAAUUGACAAAUGGCAUAAGUUUAUGACCAGCGACGAUCGGAUUCUGACUAUUGGUGAAAUGUCUGGCAAUGUGUUGAUGGAUAUAGGAGUGUUAGCUGAGGAAGUGAUUGGUGCACUUCUUUGCAACCCUGAGAAUCAAAUAGGAUGGCCAAAAAUAGUAGAGAAUGAUAUGAAAAAGCACGUGCACAACUUAAAAAACUUGAUGCAACAGUUAAAAGGACAAAUGUCGAGUCAAGUGGUGCUUCCAAUGCCAGAUGGUGUCGAAAAUAUCUAUUACGCUGAGUCGAAACUCAAAGAAAGUAAUGGAGAAGAUGUGGACUUAUUUUUAAAAACAAAUGUAGAAGGAGCCCUUAUAAUGUGGACCCAACAAGUGCACGACUUAUUAGAAGAGGAUUCAUAUAUAGCCUUCAAAAGAACUUCCUUUCCGCUCCCAGCUGCGGAUAUUGACUUUUACUUACAACGUUUGCGUAACCUGGAGGGUAUAUAUGCACAACUAAGAGACCCUCGUGCCAAGAGGAUGGCUCACUACCUUGAAGAUACUCACAGUGUUUAUCUCAGUUGCUUCAAGACUAUGCUUACUAAUAUUGUUGCUGCUGUUGUUGAAUGUCGCGAUAUAUGCUUAUAUCAAAAACCACUAGUACCUCACUUUGAAAACUUUGAAGCAACUGACUUUUUGGACGCCGGACAUCUUAUCAGGCCGAUGUUUCACUGUAUUGGAAUGUUGUGGGGUAAUUCUAGAUAUUACUGCAAUGUGGAGAAGCUCAUUCCGUUGCUCCGUGAAGUAUGCAACUUAGUCAUUCAGCAAUGUACGAAUUCGAUUGAUCCACCUUCGAUUUUUCAAGGGGAUGUAGAGGAACAACUCUUAAAGCUUAGGAACGCUUUAAAAUUAUUAAAUCAUUUCAUAGACACUUAUGAAAUGAACAGACAUAAAGUAGCGACGUUUUUCCCCCCCGGUGUGAUGCCAGUCGGUUGGUCUUUCGAAUUUGAUCGAGUCUUCAUGCGGUUUAAUACAUACAUGAAGCGCUUAAAAAUGAUUGAGAAUAUUUUGGAAGCCACAAUGGAAAUACUGAAGUUGGAAAAAGUAGAGUUCUGUGGAUUACGAGGCAAGACAUUGAGCAGAGAAUGUGUAAAAGUAUUGGAAGAAUAUCAGUUGAAGUAUGCACAAUUGGGUACUUUAGCUUACGACCCUGCUGAUCCUGAAGAUGAAUCUUUUACAGAAGAUUACGAGAAGUUUCAAGCUAUACUAGAAGAUACUGAUCGCAAACUUGCAUCGUUGUUCACACAAGGUCUUCAGGAAUGUAAUGAUUUGGAUCAUUUCUUUAAGUUCUUUCAAAUUAUAGGAGAUUUGUUCCAUCGCCCUAUUAUAAAAGCGGAAUUAAAGCCCUUGCUUCCUAAACUACUUGAUUUAAUGCAUACUAACUUAGAUCAUUUAAAAGAAAUAUUUGACGAAGAGAUGGCGAAAAUGAAAAGUAGUAAAGAAAAGCCAAUGAUAGAUAAUUACCUGCCGCCAGUUGCGGGUAUAUUGUGGUGGAUCCAUAAAUUGCGCCAGAGAAUACAAGAACCAAUGGAAGAGUUUAUAUUAUUUGAAGACCCGAUAAUAGAAACGGAGUAUGCAACAUACUUGAAGCAGAAGGUUAAUGAAAUGCUCGGGUACCUAAACUCAGUUGCAGAUUCACAAUUCAGAGUAUGGUGUCCCACUGUACCACAAAUAUGUAAACUGCAACUGGCGAAGAACUUACUUUACAGGGAGCCCCCUUUCGUACGAAACAAUUUCAGCCCAGAGUUACAAACUUUGUUAAGAGAAAUACGCUACAUGAAGUAUUUAGAUAAGCAGGGCAUACCGCCAGAGGGUCUUGAGUUAUACGACAGGAAUGAGAAGUUACAGCACGAUUUAAAUCUUUUAAAUCGAGCUAUUGCAUGGUACAACGCUAUUAGAGAAGGUAGCCAUGAGACAGAAGUAGCGCUCAUAGAAAAGGAAAUUUCUGCUAUAGACGUUUUACUAGGGCGUGGCGUUGAAGAACUUACGUGGAACGAUGACUUUACGGAUUGGAUGACAGAGGUGUAUACAGCUAUCAAUACGCUUCAAGAACGCGUUUUAACCGCCCAAAACAAUAUAAAGGAAGGCCUAGAAGAUAUUGAACGCUGGGGUAAAAUCCCGCUGCACAACCGUAAAGAGAACCCAGAUAAAUUAGAGCUUCUCGCUGUCAAUGAACGACAUUCACGAUUUGUUAAGAGACGUAAUAAGAUACUAGAAAGCUGGGAAGACUUUCAAGAUAUUUUAGAAGAGAAUUAUAAAUUAUAUUUCAAUAUACAAGUUGAAGAAGAUAUAGAAUCUGAAGAAGAAAAGUUAGAACCAGUUGAUGAGACAACUUUGGAUAGUGACGAAAAGGAAGCACGAGCACAAAUGCUCAGAGAAAUUGAGCAACGCCGUAUAGAAAGACAAUUAGCUAAAGAAGAGCGGGAGAGACUCAAGGCUGAAGCAGAAGCUUUAAAGCAGCAGAGACGAGAAGCACGUCGUUUAAGAGAAGCUGAAAGAGAAGCUGAAAUAGAAGCACAAAGAGAAGAAGGUGUAACGGAAGAAUUGACAGUUGAGGAAAUAACAGAUCCAGAAGAACUCGCUGAUAUAGAAGCUGAAAGACUUGAAAAGGAAGAAGAGGCUUUCAGGGCGGAGCGUUGGCCAGACUAUGUUAAAUACAUCGAUUCGCUCGUUUCUAAACAAAUUAUAAAGGCAGUGCAAACGAGUGUAGACUUAUUUGAGAUUCAAACUAACUUAGAAAAAGGGCCAGGGGUUGCACUUAUGGAAAUUGUAGCCGAACUGAGAGAUCCAGAUAUUUUCUUUAGUCCUUCAUUAGACGUAGAAGAACCAGAUGGAUUGUAUGAUACAAUGAGAGAAAUGAUGAAAGAUAUGUUUCUGCAAACUACCCUAUUUCCUAGAAUAAGCCCAAUAGUACCCAAAGAGACUUAUGAAGAUGAUUUGGUUAAUGAAGAUGAAUUGAUCGAACUGUACCACGAAAUUUUGAAAAGAAUUGAAAGUGGUAUUCAUGCUAUCGUAUCUUACUCUUCGAAAUAUGAAAAAUAUACGCACUUAUGGAUGGAAGAUAGGCAGGAGGUACUUGCGGGUUUCUUAAAGUAUGGUCGUUUUAUACCUCCAGAGGAGUUAGAUAAAUACAAAUUUGAGAAUGGAGGGAUUGAACCUCCAGAAGCGAAGCCAAAACUAGAACAAUAUCAGAAGGAGAUUGAUAAAUACAAUGCAUUGUAUAAUGAAGUGGCGGCAUUACCUUCUGAAUAUCUUUGUAAUGGAUGGUUGAAGUUAGAUUUAAAGAAACUUAAUCAAGCUAUUAUGAAUAUAGCAUGCAAGUGGAGUAAUUUGUACAAAGAAAAUUUAAAAGCACAUGUUCACAAAAGCCUCAAUGAUCUUGAGGAGUUCAUAGAAUAUGCAACAAAAGAAUUGUCCGUGGAAUUAGCAGAAGACGACUAUGAAGGAUUACUCAAAGUUAUGGCUGUAUUAAAUGAGGUACGCGCUAAGCAAGACAGUGAUACAGAUCAUAUGUUCGAGCCCUUGAGAGACGUUAUGUAUGUCCUCCACGAGUACGGUGUUGAGUUUAACGAAGAAACUUAUGACCAGCUGGACUGUUUACCUGAAAAGUGGCGAAACUUAGUAAAACUGGCGACAGUCGUAAAGAAUAAUGUAGCACCGCUACAGGCCACACAAGCUGCGCUCAUAGCGAAACGCGUGGCGCUCAUCAACCUUCGGUUAACUAUGUACAGGGAGCAAUUCAGGGACAAAGACGUAUUCUUGGAGUCAUGUAAAGAGCCCUAUAGAGCUGUUGACAAUAUUAAUAAAGAGUUAGUAAACUAUGAAGAGAUUCUAAAGGCUUUAAAGAAAUCUUGCGGUCUAUUUGAUAUUCAACCGCCCGAUGAAAAGAACCUAAAACAAUCUCAGCGUGAAUUAAAACUUAUCAAGCAACUAUGGGAUUAUUACUUCUUGGUGUUUAGAACUAUUGAAUUUUGGAAGAAGUCACCGUGGAAGAAGAUUGAUGCCGAUGGAAUGGACCAGGAAUGUAAAAGAUUCACCAAGGACCUGAGACAGCUGGACAAGGAGAUGAGAACAUGGGAACCAUACAUGGCAACCGAAUCUACAAUAAAAAACUUGAUGACAUCCUUGCGAGCAGUUACUGAUCUACAAAACCCAGCUAUCAAGGACAGACAUUGGCUUGAACUUAUGAUGGCAACCAAGGUAAAGUUCCAUAUUGAUGACGACACGACUUUAGCAGAUUUGUUAGCACUUAACCUCCACAAAUACGAAGAGGAGGUGAAAACUAUUGUCGAUAAGUCUGUCAAAGAGGCUGCUAUGGAAAAAACUCUACGGGAACUGGAGGUAACAUGGUCGCAAAUGGAGUUUGAUUCUACUAUACAUGACAGGACUGGACUCAAACUUCCAAAAGCUAGCGAAGAACUAAUUGAAAUUCUAGAAGAUAAUCAAAACCAAAUACAGAACAUGAUGUCAUCAAAGUUCGUCGGUUUUUACGAGAAAGAAGUGACAGCUUGGCAGAAGAAACUAGGUGCGGCAGACGCUGUUAUCUCAUUGUGGUUCGAGGUGCAACGGAAGUGGCAAUACUUGGAGAGCAUAUUCGUGGGAUCUGACGACAUCAGGGCUCAGUUACCUGAAGACUCUAAAAGAUUCGAUUCUGUCGAUUCACAAUUUAAGGUCCUAUUAAAAGAUAUAGAAAGUACCCCGAAUGUCAUUGAAGCUACAAACAAGCCGGAACUACUGGAAAAGCUUGAAGAUUUAAUGGAAGCCUUGAACCUUUGUGAGAAGGCGCUUAAUGAUUACCUCGAGACUAAGCGAUUAGCUUAUCCUCGCUUCUAUUUCGUGUCUUCUGCUGAUUUACUUGAUAUAUUAUCAAACGGCAACAACCCACCGGCCGUUUCUCGUCACCUGCCUAAGUUGUAUGACAACUUGGCAAAGCUAGUGUUUACUAAACCUGGCAGUAAGCAAGCAUUCGAGAUGAUCUCUAAGGAGAAUGAGGAGCACGUACCUUUUAAAGCACCAUGCUGUGACUGUUCUGGAAAGGUCGAGACAUGGCUGAAUCGAGUGACAGACUGUAUGCGUUACACUCUACGAGAUAUAUUCGAGCACAGCGUGAAAUCUUACGAUGACAAACCUCGAGACGAAUGGGUGUUCGAUUGGCCGGCACAGCCAGCGCUCGUUGGGACCCAGAUCUGGUGGACAACGGAGACGAACCAGGCAUUUGAAAAAUUAGAAGAAGGUUACGAAAAUGCAAUGAAAGAUUACCAAAAGAAGCAAAUCAAUCAAUUGAAUGCUUUGAUCGUUUUGCUCUUGGGUGAUUUGAGCGUCGGUGACCGACAAAAGAUCAUGACCAUCUGUACUAUUGAUGUACACUCGAGAGAUGUCGUUGCUAAGCUUAUUUUAGCCAAGGUGGAGAAUUCUAAUGCUUUCCAAUGGCAAAGUCAGUUAAGACAUCGGUGGUGUAAUAUCGUCAAUAAUUGUUUUGCAAAUAUUUGUGACGCCCAAUUCGUCUAUGACUAUGAAUACUUGGGAAAUACACCACGUCUUGUCAUCACACCGCUAACUGAUCGUUGCUAUAUCACAUUGACACAGAGUUUACACUUAAUAAUGGGUGGCGCUCCAGCUGGACCUGCUGGUACUGGUAAAACAGAGACGACCAAAGACUUGGGCAGAGCUUUAGGCAUUAUGGUCUACGUAUUUAAUUGUUCCGAACAAAUGGAUUAUAAGUCUUGUGGAAACAUCUAUAAAGGUCUCUGUCAGACCGGCGCAUGGGGUUGUUUUGAUGAAUUUAAUAGAAUCUCGGUAGAAGUCUUGUCUGUAGUAUCGGUGCAAGUAAAGAGUGUGCUAGAUGCAAUCAAGGCAAAAAAGAAAAAGUUUGACUUUAUGGGGGAGCACAUAACUCUUAUACCUACCAUAGGCAUGUUCAUCACUAUGAACCCUGGCUAUGCUGGUAGAACUGAGUUGCCUGAGAAUUUGAAAGCACUAUUCAGGCCAUGUGCUAUGGUUGUCCCAGAUUUUGAGCUGAUUUGUGAGAUCAUGUUAGUUGCUGAAGGUUUCCAGGAAGCCCGUUUGUUAGCUCGCAAAUUCAUCACUCUUUAUACAUUGUGUCGAGAGCUGCUUUCUAAACAAGACCAUUAUGAUUGGGGCUUAAGAGCUAUCAAAUCUGUUCUGGUAGUUGCUGGGUCUUUAAAGAGAGGUGACCGAUUAAGACCAGAGGAUCAGGUGCUUAUGAGGGCUUUAAGAGAUUUUAAUAUACCGAAAAUUGUUACUGAUGAUAUGCCAGUGUUUAUGGGAUUAAUUGGUGAUCUAUUUCCUGCCCUUGAUGUUCCAAGAAAACGUGAUUUAGAUUUCGAAAAACACUUAGUAGAUGGAGCUUUAUCUAUGAAGCUACAACCGGAAGCUGGUUUUAUUUUAAAAAUGGUGCAACUAGUUGAAUUAUUUGCUGUGAGACAUUCAGUUUUCAUAGUUGGAUUUGCUGGAACUGGCAAAUCUAUGGUGUGGCAGUGUCUUAACAAGACUUACCAUAUGCUAAAAAUGAAGCCAUUUUAUAACGACUUAGACCCUAAGGCCGUAACGAACGACGAAUUAUUCGGUAUAAUCAAUCCAACGACGCGAGAAUGGAAGGAUGGUCUAUUCUCGACAAUCAUGAGAGACAUGGCCAAUAUGCCUGGAGAUGGUCCCAAGUGGAUUGUGCUUGAUGGAGAUAUUGAUCCUAUGUGGAUUGAAAGUCUUAAUACGUUAAUGGAUGAUAACAAAGUAUUGACGUUAGCAAGUAACGAACGUAUUGCUUUAAAUAAAACUAUGAGACUGUUAUUCGAGAUCUCCAACCUGAGAACAGCUACACCCGCUACGGUGUCGCGUGCGGGCAUUCUUUAUAUCAACCCACAAGAUUUGGGAUGGAAUCCGUACGUUGCAUCAUGGAUAGACACAACGCGUGACAACGAAUCAGAAAAAGCUAUGUUGACGGUGAUGUUCGAUAAAUACAUACCUUCGCUACUUGAGUCGUGCAAAAAAUAUAAACGCGUUACGCCAUUAACAGAGCUUCAGCAAAUUCAACUUACGUGCUACUUACUUGAAUGUUUUUUGAAUAAAACCUUGUUACCUUCUGAUUGCCCCAAGGAAUGGUAUGAAAUAUACUUCGUAUUUGCUGUAAUUUGGGGUUUCGGUUCAGCUUUAUUUCAAGAUCAGUUGGUUGACUGGCGUAAUGAAUUUAGCAAGUGGUUUAGUAAUGAGUUUAAACAAAUUAAGUUUCCUAGUACGGGGAACGUUUUCAGUUUUUUCAUAGACCCCGAAACAAAGAAAUUUCUACCAUGGUCUGAAAAAGUAGAAAGCUUUGAGUUAGAUCCCGAUUUACCUCUUCAGUCAUGUUUAGUAUCGACAUCUGAGACGACUCGAACUAGGUUUUUCAUGGACUUAUUGAUUGCAAAGUCCAAACCAGUAAUGUUGGUGGGUAGCGCAGGGAGCGGCAAAUCAGUCUCAGUAGCUGCAAAGCUCAAUUCAUUACCGGACUCAUACGCGGUUACGAAUGUUCCUCUGAACUUUUAUACUACAUCAGAAAUGAUACAGAAAGUGUUGGAGAAGCCUUUAGAGAAAAAGUCAGGGAGAAACUACGGCCCUCCGGGCGGUAAGUUCAUGAUCUACUUCGUGGAUGACAUGAACAUGCCAGAAGUGGACACCUACGGCACUGUGCAACCGCACACGCUUAUUAGACAGUUCAUGGAUUAUCGACACUGGUAUGAUAGACAGAAGUUAACACUGAAAGAUAUAUCGCAAUGCAUGUUCUUGGCGUGCAUGAACCCAACGGCUGGCUCUUUUACUAUUGAUUCGAGACUGCAAAGGCAUUUCUGCACCUUUGCCAUUAGUUUUCCAGGCAUGGAUGCCUGCCACCAUAUCUACAAGCAGAUACUCUCACAGCACUUAAGCAAUGUUAAUAAUAAAUAUGUAACUCCAGUUAUUCGUUAUGCCGAGACACUGGUCUCAACAGCACUCUUGUUGCAUAGCAGACUAGCCGCCACCUUUUUGCCUACAGCCAUCAAGUUCCACUACAUAUUUAAUUUGAGGGACUUAUCCAACAUAUUUCAGGGAAUAUUAUUUACUACCGGCGAUGCUAUAAAAACUCCUUCCGAAUUAAUAAGAUUGUGGAUGCAUGAAGCAACACGCGUUUACUCGGACAAACUUGUGAAUGCUGCUGACAAUGAUACGUUCGCCAAAUUAGCCGUAGAGGUUAUUAGAAAGAACUGUGAGGAAUUCGAAGAAAACGUAGUGUUUGCAAAGCCCUUAAUUUACUGUCACUUUGCUGAGGGUGUCGGCGAUCCUAAAUACUUUCCCAUUAGAGACUGGCCGCAUAUCAAAAAAUUACUUGACGAGUCGUUAUCUGCAUACAACGAUAUUGUCGCUACAAUGAACUUAGUGUUGUUCGAGGAUGCAAUGUACCAUAUUUGCAGAAUUAACCGCAUUAUGGAGGCUCCUCGUGGGAAUGCGCUUCUGGUUGGUGUUGGAGGCUCUGGAAAACAGUCUCUCUCUCGAUUAUCUGCAUUCAUCUCUUCGCUCGAAGUUUUUCAGAUACAGCUCCGUAAAGGAUAUAGCAUAAAUGAUUUAAAAGUGGACUUAGCUGCAUUGAACCUAAAGGCGGGUUUGAAGAAUAUUGGCUGCAUGUUCCUAAUGACCGACAGUCAAGUAGCCGAGGAAAGAUUUUUGGUACUUAUAAAUGACUUACUAGCCUCCGGUGAAAUACCAGAGUUGUUUGCAGACGAUGAAUUAGAAAACCUUAUCAACGGUGUUAGAGCCGAGACAAAAGCUACAGGGGUUCCUGAUACGCGUGAGAAUUGUUGGAGAUUCUUUAUCAAUCGUGUAAGAUCAAUGCUGAAGGUGGUGUUGUGUUUCUCUCCGGUGGGCGCAACUCUGCGCAUCCGCGCUCGUAAGUUCCCAUCUAUUGUAAGUUGCAGUGCCAUAAAUUGGUUCCAUGCAUGGCCUCAGGAAGCUCUACGAUCUGUGUCUCAACGGUUUCUUGCUGAAGUGGAAACAUUGCCGCCAGACCUAGUGCAAGCAGUCGCGAUCUUUAUGUCUCAUGUGCAUGAAAGUGUGAACAAUAUGUCAGAAAUUUACUUCCAAAACGAACGGCGGUACAAUUAUACAACGCCCAAAACCUUCCUUGAACAGAUAGCGCUCUACGGUAAACUCCUUAAUGAAAAGAACCGGGAUCUUAAAAUGAUGAUUUUACGACUCGAAAAUGGGUUAGAGAAAUUAGCCUCCUGUGCCAAUGAUGUCGCUGUGCUUAAGGUUACGCUAGCUGAGCAAGAAAUAAUAUUAAAAGUGAAAAAUAAAGCAGCUGAGGCACUGAUCGAAGUUGUUGGUGCUGAAAGUGAAAAAGUUUCUAAGGAGAAGGCGUAUGCCGCUGGAGAAGAAAAGAAAGUGAAAGUGAUUGAAGAAGACGUUACAAUAAAGGCCAAGAUCUGUGCGGAUGACUUGGCUAAAGCCGAACCCGCAUUGAUUGCGGCCCAAGAAGCUUUAAACACACUAAACAAGAAUAACCUAACAGAGUUAAAAGCUUUCGGUUCGCCACCAGACGCAGUCGUCAUGUUGUUGAUGGCAAAAGUAGAUCAGUUUUUAAACGACUUGGUGUAUUACGAUAAAGAGAAUAUUCACCCUGACGUAAUUAAGGCUGUACAACCUUACAUCAAGAAUCCGGAGUUCAAUCCAGACUUCAUUCGGUCGAAGUCUGCAGCGGCGGCCGGUCUUUGUGCUUGGGUUAUCAAUAUCGUCAAAUUCUAUGACGUGUACGUAGUGGUAGAACCUAAGCGUCGAGCACUCCUCGCUGCUAAUGCUGAGCUACAAGCUGCGAGGGAUAAAUUAUCAUACCUAACCGAUCAAAUUGCUGAAUUAGAAGAAAAAUUAGCUGGAUUAAUGAAAGCGUUCCAAGAAGCUGUAAACGAGAAGAUGAAAUGCCAAGCUGAAGCAGAUGCUACUAAUGCUACAAUUGACUUAGCAAACAGAUUAGUCAAUGGACUUGCUUCAGAGAAAAUACGGUGGUCAGCAACAGUGGUAAACUUAAAAGAGUCGGGAGUGUUAUUAACUGGUGACGUACUAUUGGUGACCGCUUUCAUUUCAUACGUCGGUUGUUUUACACGAAGUUAUCGCCUCCAGCUUAUUAAUGAAGAUUGGGUGCCAACGCUUGCCAAGUCUAAUCCUAAAAUUGAAACAACGGAAAAUCUAGACUUAAUUGCGAUGUUGACUGACGAUGCGCAGAUAGCAACGUGGAAUAAUGAGGGUCUGCCCACGGACAGUAUGAGUACAGAGAAUGCAACGAUUCUUACCAACUCAGCGCGCUGGCCGCUCAUGAUCGACCCUCAGUUGCAAGGUAUUAAAUGGAUAAAAUCUAAAUUUGGCGAAACACUAGUAGUAAUUCGUCUAACGCAGCGUAACUACUUAGAUCGGAUAGAGCGUGGGGUCUCUAAUGGAGACGUUGUAUUACUUGAGAAUAUCGGCGAGACUGUUGACGCUGUCCUUGACCCUUUACUCGGCAGAGUGCUUAUUCGUAAAGGAAAAGUGCUAAAGAUAGGGGACAGAGAGAUAGAUUAUCAUCCAAGGUUCCGCUUUAUACUGCAAACGAAAUUGGCUAAUCCACAUUAUCAACCGGAAAUGCAGGCUCAGUGCACUCUCAUUAACUUUACUGUAACUAAAGAUGGUUUAGAGGAACAGCUUCUGGGUGAAGUAGUGAAAGCUGAGCGGCCUGACUUGGAAUCAUUGAGAGUCGGUUUGACCAAACAACAAAAUGAUUUCAAGAUCACUCUAAAGACGUUAGAAGACGACUUGCUCAAGCGACUGUCAUCUGCUGGGCCAGAUAUAUUGAGCGAUUCAGCUCUAGUCAUCAACUUGGAAAUCACAAAAAAGACUGCUGCUGAUAUUGAAAUCAAAGUAGAAGAGGGUAGAGUCACCGCAAUCAAGAUUGAUGAAGCUAGAGAGAGAUAUAGACGAGCUGCCGAUCGGGCAUCUCUACUGUACUUCAUCUUGAACGACCUCUCCAAGAUCAAUCCGAUGUACCAGUUCUCUCUAAAGGCGUAUAGCGUCGUGUUCAAGGAAGCAUUGUUUGCGGCUGAAAGCGGUAACGACUUGGAGAAGCGUGUUCAAAACUUGCUUGAUAGUAUCACAUUUUCUGUAUUCAUGUAUACUAGUCGAGCGCUCUUUGUUAGAGAUAAACUCGUGUUCCUGUUUUUCAUGACUCUUCAGAUUCUACAAUCAGAUGGCAGAUUGGAUUCACGGGAGGUAGAUUUCUUGCUGAAGUACGCAGUGGCGCCAGAAAAUUCACCAUUUCCCUGGCUAUCUAACACUUCUUGGGGUGGUAUAGUGGCUCUCUCCAAGAUGGAUGCUUUUGAAGACCUCGAUAAGGAUAUUGAGGGUGCUUCUAAAAGGUGGCAAAAAUAUACGGAGGGCGAAGCUCCGGAGAGGGACAAAUUGCCGGGUGACUGGAAGAACAAAUCCGCAUUACAGCGACUCUGUAUAAUGAGAGCACUCCGCGCAGAUAGAAUGUCAUAUGCCUCAAGCGCGUUUUGUGAAGAAAAUCUGGGAACGAAGUAUGUUGAAGCGCGAUCGCCGCCUUUGGAUAAAUCUUACCAAGAGAGCAAUUGUACAACUGCCAUGUUUUUCAUACUUUCACCUGGUGUUGAUCCAUUGAAGGACUUGGAAAAACUAGGCCGUAAAGUGGGCUUUGCGAAUGAUAAGAAGAAUUUCCACAUAGUAUCUUUAGGUCAGGGUCAAGAGGUAGUGGCCGAAGAAGCUAUGGGUAUUUCUUCAGUCCGUGGUCACUGGGUUAUCUUGCAAAAUAUUCAUUUGGUGGCAAAGUGGCUUUCUACUUUAGAAAAGAAAAUGGAAGAAUGUUUCGAAAAUCCACAUGAAAACUAUCGCUUAUAUCUGAGUGCUGAGCCAGCGGCGGACCCCGCAUACCAUAUCAUACCGCAGGGUAUUCUGGAGUCAGCAAUCAAAAUAACCAAUGAACCACCGAUUGGUAUGUGGGCAAAUUUACACAAGUCCCUGGAUAACUUCAGUCAGGAGACGUUAGAAAUGUGUAGCAAGGAGGCAGAAUUCAAAUCUGUUUUAUUCGCACUCUGCUACUUCCACGCUGUUGUCGCCGAAAGGCGCAAAUUCGGUCCCCAGGGCUGGAACAGAAUUUAUCCAUUCAACUUCGGCGAUUUAACGAUUUGUGUCUACGUAUUGUACAACUAUCUGGAGGCGAACCCUCGUGUGCCCUGGGAGGAUUUGCGCUAUCUAUUUGGUGAAAUCAUGUACGGAGGUCAUAUUACCGAUGACUGGGAUAGGCGGUUAUGUCGAACAUUUCUGCUGGAAUAUAUGGCACCGGAACUUGUGGACGGUGAACUGCAACUGGCACCUGGAUUCAUAUCGCCUCCUAACUCUGACUAUGUGGGUUAUCACACCUACAUUGAUGACUAUCUGCCAGAUGAAACUCCAUACCUCUACGGUCUUCAUCCUAACGCCGAGAUUGGUUAUUUGACCACAGUAUCUGAAAGGCUUUUUAGUGUCGUAUUCGAGAUGCAACCUAGAAAUACCGGUGCACAAGCUGGGGGAGGAGGUAGCAAAGAGGAAGCUGUCCGCGCAAUAAUAGAAGACUUCUUGGACAGAGUGCCGGAGCCUUUCAAUUUGCAAGAGUUGAUAGGCAAGGUAGAAGAAUUGACGCCAUACACUAUUGUAGCACUACAGGAAUGCGAGAGAAUGAAUCGACUUAUGGGAGAGAUUCGAAGAUCUUUAAAGGAAACAGAGUUAGGACUUAAGGGUGAACUGACCAUUAGCAGCGAUAUGGAGAAGCUGAUGGAGUCACUAUUCAUGGACAAAGUGCCGGAAUCCUGGACAAAACUGGCAUAUCCAAGUCUUUUAGGCCUCGCCGCCUGGUUCUCUGAUCUCUGCCUCAGGUUAGGUGAGCUAGAGAACUGGUCCGGUGAUUUCAAUUUACCACCGGCGGUGUGGUUGGCUGGAUUUUUCAAUCCGCAGUCAUUCUUGACUGCUAUUAUGCAGCAGACGGCGCGAAAGAAUGAUUGGCCGUUAGAUAAAAUGUGUCUGAAUUGUGACGUCACUAAGAAGAACAGACAGGAUUUUAAUGCCCCACCACGAGAGGGUGCCAAUAUUUCUGGGCUGUAUAUGGAGGGCGCACGCUGGGACACUACUACCGGUGGCAUUGUUGAGUCACGUAUGAUGGAGCUGUUCCCAGUUAUGCCGGUCAUCUUUAUCAAGGCGGUGACGCAAGAUAAGCAGGACACACGCAGCGUCUACGAAUGCCCUGUCUAUAAGAUUCGUAUGCGAGGUCCUACUUUUGUGUGGACGUUCAAUUUGAAGACCAAAGACAAGCCAACUCGUUGGACACUCGCCGGCGUCGCUCUUCUUCUAGGCGUUUAG